ACACCUGCAUAUAAGCUCACCUGUAGCAUCUGCAGCACAGAUCCUCUGGUAUUCCUCUGGACCAAACUUUUCCUCCAUCUGAAGAAAACCCGGCCCCACCUUCCAUCAUGACCUCCAGCAUGUCAGUGAGGAGCUUCUCCAUGAACCGCCAGCCCGCCUUUUCCAGUCGCUCUCUGAUGGACACCGGCCGCGCCCGCUCCCGCGCCUCCGUGUCCUUCACUGCAACGAGCCCCCUGAGCCGAUCGGCCUCCAUCGGCCAGGAUCUCAACGGGCCAGCGGGCCUGCAGCUCAACGGCCUUCACGGCAACAGCAUCAACGACAAGGAGGCCAUGCAGAGCCUGAACAGCCGUCUGGCCAGCUACCUGGACAAGGUGCGUUCACUGGAGCGCUCCAACGCAGACCUGGAGAUGAAGAUCAAGCAGCUGAUGCUGGACCGCAUUCCCAAAGGUCACGACCUUGAUUCUAUGAUGGCUCAAGCUCACGCUGUUGAGCAAGAGGUGAGGAAGAGGAACUUGGAGAAUGCACGUCUCAUGUUGGAGAUUGACAACGCUAAACUGGCUGCUGAUGACUUCAGAAUCAAGUGGGAGACGGAGCUGGUCAUGUGUCAGUCCGUGGAGCGAGACUGUGUUGCUCUGAAAAAGGCCAAGGCCGACCACGAGCAGAUUAUUGCCUCCCUGAGAGGGGAUCUUGACAGCCUUAAAGAAGAACUUUACUUCCUCAAGAAAAACCACGAGGAAGAACUGGAGCAGAUGAAGUCUCGUAUUGCCAGAGAUGAGGUGAACGUUGAGGUGGACUCGGCCACUGGGCCGGAGCUGGGCACCGUUCUGUUCGACCUGCGCUCCCAGUAUGAGGGGAUUGUCAAGAAGAACAAGGACCAAACGGAGCAGUGGUACCGCAAGAAGCUGGAGACGGUGCAGAACAACGUGAAGGAGAGCAACGAGGCUCUGAGAGGAGCUCAGAGCGAGCUGGUCGAGAGGCAGCGCUUCCUGCAGAACCUGGAGGUGGAGCUGGAGAGUCUGCACAAACAGGUAGCGGCGCUGGAAGGCAACUUGGGCGAGACGGGCGACAAAUACUCCUCCGAGAUGGAGAGGCUGCAGGUCACCCUGAGUCAGCUGGAGGACGACCUCUCGCAGCUCCGGGUGGACAUGCAGCGCACCAAGACCGACUACGAGCAGCUCCUCCGCAUCAAGCAGAACCUGGAGAUGGAGAUCGCCACCUACAGGCGCCUGCUGGAGGGAGAGGAGACAGUCAAGGAAGCUCCUCCUCCACCAAAAAAAGAGCCUGACGUUCGCACCAGGAAGAUUGUGAAGGUGGUUACCCAGACGAUGAUCAACGGCAAAGUGGUGGACGAAUCCAGCGAGGUGGAGCAGAUCGAGGAGACAAAGAAAUAGAAAGAGGAAACAGACAGAAAGCGACACAGCUUGUGAGCAGCGUGAGGGAUGGUAGUUUCUAUUUGAGGAUUUCUAGGGGAAAUAUCAUGACCAUGAAUGUUUUGUGUUUUUAAAGUAGUGCUUUCCCACAGUUGACUUAUGAGUGAUGCUUUGAGCAAUUGUUUUGUUCUGGAGUUAACAUACAGUUUAUGUUUAGCACUGAUGUAGCUAUGCAUGCUUAUAUGAAUUUAAAAAUAAAGAUGUGUUUUUGAGUGAGAAAAACUAACUAAUCUUCAUACUGUCUUACUAACAAAAUGUUGUGUACUUAAACAAUAUAUUUAUUACUUAGAAUGGAAAAGUCUACUUAUUUUAAUGUAAUGCAUACCUUUACUCAAGAAUAAUAUUCAAUUUUCUUUUUUUUGUUUGUACUCUGACUAAAUAAAC